GGCGUCACUCUCGGCGCAGCGCGGCCGGAAGUGGGCACGGGGAAGAAGGCGCCGUGCAGCGGCGCCGGGCGGAUGUGAGGGGGGGGCGGCGGUAGGGCCCGGCUGGGGUGGCCCCGGAGAUUCCUGUCUGAGUUGGUACCCAGCAUCUGGAACCAUGGAAGAGCAGCCAGCUUCUCCAGCUUCUGAUUCUCCCUUUUCUCUGCAGCGGGUCUGCAUUUCUGAAGAUGAACCUGAAGAUGAAGAGCAGGAGGAGACUCCGGAGGAGGAUACAACCCAAGUACAGAUGGAGGAGGGCUCCCUGAAGCAAGACAGGAUUGGUUCUCCUCGAUGUUCUGUACGGUGCUGGCAAGGAUGUGAUUCUCUCAUCCCACAGGGCACGGAAAGCCCUGGCCAAAGGGUAGGAGAGGAACCUGAGGAGCUGCAGCCAUGCAGGAAGCACCAGCUGAACCUGAAGUCCAAAACAAGCCUGGUCCCAACAUCUCCAGGAGAAGGGGAAAGAGCUGAAGAGCCAGGGCCCUCAAGGGGAAAGAGGCUGCACUUGAUCUGGGGCCAGUCCAGUGACUUCCGAUGGAAGAAAAACCUUGGGGAGAACAGGUUGGAGGAAGCUCCCAUGUUGCCACAGAGCAGCGAAGAGGAGGAAGAGGAGGGAAAAGCUUCUCGGUCUUGCUCCCCUGAGCCACCUCCUCAUGGGGAUGCUCGUCCCAAGCCAGAUUUUGUGCAACUGAUUGAUGAGCAUGGUAUUUACUCCACAGCCAAGCUGGUGCUGGGCAGCGCCGCAGGAGAGCUGGAGGAGGCAGCAGUGGUGCUGCCCCCACAUCUGAAGCGUGGAACGAGCGGGGCUGCUGAGUUUGAGAUCCGUGAGGUGAUUGUGGAUGAGAAGCCCUUCCAGUGUGGUGUGUGCGAGAAGGCCUUCAAACGUGCUUGGGAGCUCUUCAGCCAUGAGGUUGUGCACAAUGAGGAGCGGCCUUUCCGCUGUGAUCUCUGCGAGGCUUCCUUCAAGCGACACUCAGACUUCAAGAGCCACCGCUUGGUGCACACGGAGGAGCGUCCCUUCCGAUGCGAGCUCUGUGGGAAGCGCUUCAAACGUUCUUCUAACCUCCAGGAGCACCGGCGCAUCCACACGGGCGAACGUCCCUUCCACUGCGCCUGCUGUGACAAGAGCUUCAAGACACCCUACGAGCUGCAGCGUCACACCCUGACCCACUGCACCGAGAAACCCUUCAAGUGCGCAGAUUGUGGGAAGGAUUUCCCCACUUCCAAUGCUCUCCUCCUGCACCAGAGGCAGCACUGUGACGACAAGCCCCACGUCUGCGGUGUCUGUGGAAAGAAGUUCACCUACGGCCACAGCCUCAAAGUUCAUGAGCGUGUGCACACAGGUGACCGCCCCUUUGUAUGCCCGCUCUGUGGAAAAGGUUUCAAGCAGUCCAAUGCACUUUCCUCCCAUGAACGUGUGCACACAGGCGAGCGACCCUUUGUCUGCAAAACCUGCGGGAAGGCCUUCAAGCAGUCGUCCUACCUCGUGAUCCAUGAGCGGGCUCACACUGGGGAGCGGCCCUACAAAUGUGAAGCGUGUGGGAAAGCCUUUGCCCGCCCUUCCUUGCUGCUGCAGCACCACCGCGUGCACAGCCAGGAGCGUCCCUACAAAUGCAGCUUCUGCCACAAGUUCUUCAAGGACUUGGCCUACCUGGCAGUGCAUGAGAAGGUGCACACAGGCGAGACCCCCUACAAGUGUAGUGUCUGUGACAAGGGCUUUGCUCACCCCUCCAACCUGCUGCAGCACCAGCGCGUGCACCGCGACGGCUGAACCAGAGCAGCGUGCACAGCAUGAGUUUUGAGGCCAAGAAGCUUGAAGCAAAUAGUGAGCAUGCUGCAAGCAUGCAUGCCGCUCCAGGCUGGCCCACUUACACAAGUAAGCCAUGUGCAGGGGACCUGGAGAGGAGGCCAAAAUGUGGGUGCUCCUGCAGGUCUUCUCCUGAUCCCCAUCCCACUGGGGCCUCUGCUGCAUGGCUUCUCUCUGCCAAACCCUGACAUACGCUGCUCUCUCCUGCUUCCAACAAAGUGAUCUCACAGGGAUGGUCACUGAGUCCUCAGGCUGGGGCUACUGCAGACUCCUGUCCCUGACCUGCAGGGAGGUAACAUGUUGUCCUCAAGCGCUGCUGGCUGCAGACUUGUUGGUGGUACAAGCUGAAGCUUGUGGCACUGUGAGUCUUGUGCUAUAGUGGCUUGCAAGAGACAAGCUGCACUGGCCAAGGCUGCAGUGCAGCUGAGAUGACACCCACAGCUCUGACAACACUGUAGGAAGUCCUGUGUUUAGCUGAUACUAAGGAAUGCUUCUCCUCCCCUCAGUGUUUCAAGGAGAGCUGCCCAGUCAUCCCUGUAAGUUCCCAUAACUCAGUCUUGCCCCGCAACAGGCUCCAUCAGCAUGUCUGCAUUAAGCUUGGAGCCACAUAGCUGUUUUUCUUGAGUGCAAGACAUGGGCUGGGAGCUCCUGGGUAUCCCUUGUGGUAGAGGUACACUGAGUCCUGCAGCAGGAUGAGACAGAGCUGUCAAUUUUUGAGGAGACUUAAGUGCAUUGGUGUAAAGCAUGACUGGGAACAGCAAUGCCUGAGCACCUCACAAUUCUUUUAGAGUGUCAGUGUCCCGUCCAUAUUUCACUCUGCUACUGAUGAUCAGGUUAAUGACAAUGGUGCCCUUUUCCCUGCUGUGCAGGGUCCAUGUGGGCAUUUUGCUGGUACAGAAGGCUGCUUCCAGUAGGUAUAAAGCAGAGUCAACAUUCUGCUGGCUGCAAAUUGUGUGUUCUUAAGAUUCUUAAGGGAAGAGUUGAGUGGGCAGCCAGAGCAGGGAAGAGGGGAUGCUGUCCCCAUUAUGCUGCUUGUGGAGCAUCUCUUGGAGGUGAUGGAGGUGAGGUGCUGAGCCACACAAGAGCCAUCUCACCUCUCCCACUGUGGAGGAAAGAGCCUGGCAUCUCAAGUUGAAAACACCCUCUUUUCUGUGCCAUGGUGCUGGUGAGGCUGGUAGGAAGCAGAAAAGGGGGGAUACACAAAUUGUUUGCAGGAUCUGUAUGAGGAAGGGGAGAGCAGAAAACCAGCCUUAGGUCCUCUUUGUUUCCAUACAGUGCAUCCCCAGUGGCAGCACCUGAGCUGCUGCUGAAAUCUGAAUUUGUUCUCUUUGACUGAUAGCUGCUGCUGGGCAGAGGGUGGCAUGUAGACCUUUUCUUGAAAAAGCAAGACCCAAGUCCCUUGUGGGGGCACCAGCAGAGCCCCAUCCUCACAUCUGAGCCGCUUUGGAGGGACCUGGUAUCACGGUCACCUUUUUGCACACUGGGUCUGUGGGAUUGGAGGUGCCAACCCUCGGACUCAUCAAGAUCCCAGUCCUACCCUCUACCCUUUUGUAUGGUUUGAAAGCAGGUGUACACUCCUCAGCACUCUGCACACUAAUUAAAGGAUGGUUAUUUAA